AUGGGUGCCAGUUGGGGAAGUAGAACAGUGGAGGCAGCGGACAAGGUUUCCCAUGGUAGCUCCGCGAUUUCGUCGUCGCCACCUCGAAUCUUCAAAAGCGAGGCACCUGGACAGGUUGGCUCUGUCAAAGUGAUACAGCCCCAUAGAAGAGCGGUCUCCGCUUUAACAAUAGAUUACCAGAAUGGAGCAAGUAUGGCGAGCAGUCAGGGCUCCCAGGCGACCGUUGUGUCUCCAAGCGCCCCAAGAUCCAGUUCUCUUCCAUUCUUAAUGCGAUCGAAUAGUAAUCCGUCUCUGCCGUCUUUCAAACCCAAGGAAACGCGCUUGCCACGUCCUGACGGUACAAGUUCCAUAUCUGCGAAUGAGUUUCGCACGUUGUUGCAAACAGAGCCAACGGAGAACCUUAUUAUCAUGGAUGUUCGCCCUUUUGUCGAGUAUUCGCGCUCGACUCUAAAAAAUGCUCUCCACGUAUGUCUCCCGUCGACACUACUGCGACGCAAGACGUUCACACUCGAACGUCUAGUGGAGAACUUACCUGACGACGUACGAAGCGUUUUAGAAGCAAAGGUUUUAGAGCCAUCUGAUUGUUCGUCUUUGAAAAUAGUCAUAUUCGACAAUGCAUCUCAAGCCCCUUCAAAUAGUUCAGUCAGCAUAGCAUGUCAUGGAAUGGCUUCUAAGUUCGCCAACAGCGACAGAUGGUCGACUCCUAGUUGCAGACCCACUGUUUUUAUAUUACAUCCAGGGUUCCCUGCAGUAAAGGAGCUAGACAGCUCUUUAGCAUUCACUGCAGCAGGGACAUGCUUACCCGCUCCAUCAGACGUUCCGCAAUCUCCGAGGCAUCUAGACACUACUUCUUAUGCUUCUCCAAAUCCUAAACAUUUGCAUCAUUCCAACUCUAUCUCCUCGCCUAGUUCCUUAUCAGACUAUCCGUUGUCAUCGUCCUCUCCACUCUCUGCAUUGCUCAAAUUUCAGUUGCCUUCCACAACUGGUACUCCUCCUCCAUUCAAACUUCCACGGCAUGAAGAGGUAUCCAACUUAGAAUCAUAUUUGAGCGCGGUAAACUUAGGUGAACGACAGCGUAGUGUAGGAGGUAGCUCCAUUUCACCAUCGGAAAAGCAGGAAUUGCCUACAGCUCGCCUCGACAACGCCUUUAAAUUUCCUGCCGCAUCGACGAAGGACAACAUCCACCCGCAAAGGAAUGAUGACAUCUCAACUUCUACUAAAUUGAAGUUCCAGAAAUCAUUUCUCCAUAUGCAACAGGGCUACGGUGAUGAAAUGAUAAAUUCUGUUAUACCAAAGUGGUUUCAGGACUUAGCCAACGGUCCAAAAUUAGAUAUGGUUGUUCAAUUUCAAAAGAUCGACCUGCUCGAGAAAAGCAGGCUGAGCUAUUGUUUAGCAAAUUCUGGCCUUUCUCCUGAUCACUCAACAACGUCUUCCAGCUCCCAAUUAACAAGUGUCGACCCUAUCUUCGUCGAUACUGAGCAGUGCCCUGCUAAAUGGUUGGACGAAUACGAUUCUGAUGAGGAAGAUCAGAGCAUUUGCAUCUCUUCAGGUGUUGAACUGGGGAGCAAAAACAGAUAUAAGGAUAUUUUCCCGUAUGAGCAUACAAGAGUAAUACUUCAAAAAGAUGAUACAACCUUCGAAAGCGCUGCCUCGGAGGAUAUCACAGAAACUUAUAUUAAUGCCAACUAUCUGGUUAAUCCUUUUAUCCAGCUUCAGGGUUCUUUGAAGAGCACUUGUAAGAACGUCCGUUACAUUGCUACACAAGCUCCGCUAGCCGCGACAACUUAUGACUUUUAUACAUGCAUUCUGAACAACAAUGUGCCGCUCAUUUUGUCGUUGACGGAUGAGUUUGAAAACGGGGUUGAAAAAUGUUUUAAAUUUUGGGCCGAAGGCGAUUACGAUGGGAUACAAAUCAGACUUUUAGCAGAACAAGAAGUCCAAACUUCAGAACUUGAAUCUGGAGCGGGAUCGGUAACCAUAAGGCGAAUCCAAAUAAGACAGCCUGGGGGCAGGGUCUUUGAAACGCUGCAAGCACAGAUUAAAAACUGGCCGGAUUUGGGGGUCAUGGUCAACCCCCGGCAGAUUUUAGAGUUGAUCUGCCUGAAGAACGUGGUGGUUAAUGAGCUAUUUGAAAAACAAGUCUACGCAAAUGGUUAUUUACCAACCAUUUUGGUGCAUUGCUCUGCAGGCUGCGGUCGCACUGGUACAUUAUGUGCAUUAGACAGCGUGCUCAACAAUGCCUCAAAAAUCGAUGGUCUAAAACAAGAGUGGGCCGAAAGGAGAUCCGCGACUGAAGUUAAUCCGUGGUCACCACGCCGCAAUAGUUGUCUUGACAAUUCUAUCUUUGACCCGGUGAUUAUCACCAUCAAUAAAUUUCGCAAGCAGAGGAUAUCGAUGGUGCAGAACGUCAAUCAGUAUUUAUUCAUCUAUGACUGUUUGACCUCAUACUUCGAUCUCUGCAUGAAGGCUAAAAUGACAUCAUUAGAUUCAUCGCCAAUUUACUGUAAAUCAAUCAAGAAAUUGGGAAUUGUUCAGAGCUUUCUUGACAGAAAAGUAAGUGAACCAUAG